UCCACGGUCGCAUGUGUCAGAAGAAAGAUGAUGAAAACAAUCAACUAAUUUUAUUCUCGUCAAACUCAAAUUUUAUUUGUUUCAAAAAAAAAUGUUAAAUUUAAGUUAUUCAUUGUUGAUAAAUUGCGCAAUAUCUGUGUGCGCAUUUUUUUUAACAAAACGUUUGAUACCGAGCCUACGCGAUAUGUUCAUAGCGGCCAAUUUAUUUGGCAAUGACUUGUGCAAGAGCGAUAAACCGAAAAUCCCGGAGGCGAUGGGUGUUGUGACCGGUUGCGUAUUUCUGAUAGCUCUCUUCUUAUUCAUACCAGUGCCAUUUGUGUUCAGCGAAAAGCAAAUCAAUGAAUUUUCACAUAAUCAGUUGGUCGAACUGAUAUCGGCACUGUUGUCGAUUUGUUGCAUGAUUCUAUUAGGAUUUGCGGACGAUGUUUUAAAUUUGCGAUGGCGUCACAAAUUAUUACUUCCAACAAUUGCAUCGUUGCCAUUGCUCAUGGUGUACUAUGUAAAUUUCAAUCGAACAACAAUUAUUUUACCGAUUUUUGUGCGAAAUAUUCUCGGGUCAUCGAUUGACAUCGGCAUUCUAUACUACUUCUAUAUGGGCAUGUUGGCCGUAUUUUGUACCAAUGCAAUUAACAUUUUGGCUGGAAUAAAUGGUUUGGAAGCGGGACAAUCGCUGAUUAUUGCCGCAUCGAUCAUCGUAUUCAAUAUCAUUGAAAUGACACAAGAUUCAAACACGCGCAUGGAGCAUGCAUUUUCAUUACACAUCAUUGUGCCAUAUUUUGCAACGUCGGUCGCUCUUUGGAUGUACAAUAAAUAUCCAGCGCGUGUGUUUGUUGGCGAUACAUUUUGUUAUCUGUCUGGAAUGACAUUUGCCGUUGUCGGAAUAUUGGGUCAUUUCAGCAAGACGUUGCUAUUGUUUUUCAUACCGCAAAUCAUAAAUUUUUUAUAUUCGGUUCCUCAAUUGUUCCAUUUCGUGCCUUGUCCGCGUCAUCGUAUGCCAAAAUACAAUGCAACCACAAAUCAACUUGAAGCAAGCAAAACACAAUUUCGCUACAGUGAUUUGAACAUUCUUGGACGUCUGUGUGUGACAAUCUUUCGUUGGUUACGCAUCAUCGACUGGCAGGAGGAUGCGGAUGGUGUUGUUACUACCAAUAAUUUCACAUUGAUUAAUUUUCUAUUGAUUGUGCUUGGACCACAGCAUGAACAACGAUUAACGAAUUAUCUGCUUUUCGUACAAGUGUUUUGUACAUUGGUAGCAUUUGUGAUACGAUAUCCAUUGGCGAAAUAUUUUUAUGAAUAUUAGCAAUGGAUCAUUUUUUUAUACCAAAGUUCGAACUUUCUUUAAAGCAUUUAUUAUUUCCCAAAAAUAAGUUUUUUUUUUCUCACCAUUGCUCGGAAUUUUCAAGGAGAUAUUAGUAUUUAUGAUGCGAAAUAAAUUAAAAAAAAAAAUCACAGAAAAACAAGAGAUUUUUCGUAAUUUUCUCA